AUGUCCUGCCAGCAGAGCCAGCAGCAGUGCCAGCCAAGUGCUCCUGAGGAGCCCAGCACAGUGCUCCCCUCCAGCUAUACUUCAGGCUGUACUGGCAGAUGGGCUUCAGGCUCUGGAGGUGGCUGUGGCCACAGAUCCAGUGGCAGCUGCUGCCUGAGCCACCACAGGUCCCACCAGUGUGGGCACUACAGCUCUGACUCCUGUGACAGUGGCAGUGGGUGGCAGUCUGGGAGUUCUAGGUGUGGCCUCGGCUCUGUGGGCUGCUGCUGA